AUGUUUCGUAACGCCAUCACCUCGAACGCGCGCGUUUAUGCUGUAUCAUAUACCCGUUCUCUCCAUGCCACGCCCGCUGCUAGCACGGUCACCGGGAAAGUGUCCGAGAUGGCAGACAAGGUGAAUAAAAAAGUUGGCAGAGGUUUGGCGUCGGCCAUUGAGACGGGCGAGAAAGCAGCGGAGAAGACCAAGGAGACACUCGGUAAGUCAAUGUCAAAUGGCGUAGAAUCUGUCUAUAGUGGUCCUGUAGGCGCAACAACGGCUUCUGCAAAGCAAAGCACCCAGAAAACAACGGAGCAGGCAAAGCAAAAGGUUAAUCAGGCUGCUGCAGGCGCGCGAGAAACUAAAGAUGACGUGAAGGAUAGGAUGUCGAAGUAA